AUGUGUCGUGCCAGGCCCCCUUUAACCCUAACCAUCCAAGGCAAACCAUUUGUUGGAUUGUUGGAUACAGGGGCAGAUACCACCUGCUUCUCUCCCCUUGACUGGCCCCCUGAUUGGCCUACUACUUCUUCUUUUGACAAUGUUUCAGGCAUUGCAGGAUCAGUUAAAAAAGUCCUUAUCAGUGCCAAUAAACUUUUGUGGCAAGAUGAGGAUGGAGACACAGGUCUUGUUCGUCCCUAUAUUAUUCCAGAUCUCCCAAUCAAUUUGUGGGGCCGUGAUAUCAUGGAACAAAUGGGCAUAUAUGUUAUGAAAUGUAAAAAUCCUGCUGUCAUUCAACAAAUGCUUAAUCAAGGUUAUACUCCAACUAAAGGCCUUGGAAAGAACCUGCAAGGCAUCUCUCAACCUAUCCAACCUGUUCCCAAAUUUGAUAAAGCAGGCCUUGGGUUUAACAAUGCCCUCCAAAAUUUUCAGUAG